AUGGUUUCGACUAGUACAGCCUUGCAGUUCUUCAGCUUCACAGUUCUUUUUCUGCAUUGCACCUCAGUCUCAAUCCAGCAUUUACUGCAGAACAGUGAUGCUGAUGCUGGUGAACUGAGACAAGAUAUCCCAGAAAUAAACUCAGCUGCUGGACUCAGACUCUUCCAGGGGGAUAUUUUACUGCCCAAGAAGCGCAGUGCACUGAGAGAUGAACAUUACCGGUGGAAAUUUCCCAUUCCAUUCAUUCUGGCUGACAACCUUGAUCUGAAUGCCAAGGGCGUGAUACUUAAAGCAUUUGAAGGGUUCCAUUUAAGAUCUUGUGUAAAAUUCAAACCAUACACUGGAGAGAAAUCGUAUAUAAAAUUUCAGAAGCUUAAUGGUUGCUGGUCUUCGAUUGGAGAUACGAAAGGUGGCCAAAACCUUUCUAUUGGUGCAGGAUGUGAUCACAAAGCUAUUGUAAUACAUGAAAUCCUACAUGCUCUAGGAUUUCUCCACGAACAAACAAGGACAGACCGUGAUGAUUAUGUCAAAAUAUGGUGGGAUCAUGUGCUUCCAGAUCAAGCACACAACUUUAAUAAGUAUGGAAGCAACUAUCUCACUGAUUUGAAUACUCCCUAUGAUUAUGAGUCCAUCAUGCACUAUGGUCCAUCUUCAUUUGCCAAAAAUUCAAGUUUAGCAACAAUUACUACCAAUAUACCUGAAUUUAAUGGCAUUAUUGGACAACGGUUGGAUUUUAGUACUUCUGAUAUUGAAAGACUAAAUCGCAUGUACAACUGCACUAGAUCUCUCACACUUUUGGACCAAUGUGAUUUUGAGUCAGCUGAUCUAUGCGGUCUGGUGCAAAAACCACAAGACAAUGCUGUCUGGCUUCAUAAGAAAAAUGACCCACCGGAACAAGACCAUAUGCAACGACAAUGCAAAGAUGCUGGUCACUUCAUGUACUUUAAUACCAGUUGUGGUAAGCAAGGAGAUACGGCUGUCUUAGAAUCACGGAUAUUGCAUCCAACGAGGAAUUAUCAGUGCCUACAGUUCUUCUUCAAAAUGACAGGAAGCUCCCAGGACAGGCUUGCUGUCUGGAUUAAAAAAGACGAUGGCACCGGAAAAAUUCGCAGGCAGAUUAAAGUUCGAACUUUUCAAGGAGACAAUGACCAUAACUGGAAAAUUGCCCAUGUGAAUCUCAGAUGUCAAAAAAAGUUCAGAUUUCUCUUUCAUGGGCUAAAAGGCAAUCCAGAUGACUCAAACGGAGGAAUUUUUAUUGAUGAUCUGACCCUGAGUGAAACACACUGCCCCACAGCUGUGUGGCUUAUUCGUGACUUCUCUCACCUUCUUACAACAGCUUCUGAGGACUUCUCCAUGAGCAGUCCCCGGUUUUAUAGCCCUGAAGGUUAUGGUUAUGGCAUAAGUUUGGCUCCCAGAGGGCCAAGAGAUUCUGCCUUUGCUAACUACACACGUAUUUCUUUUCACUUGAUUAGUGGUGAAAAUGAUGGUAUUCUUGAGUGGCCAGCUUUGCACAGACAGGUUACCAUCACUCUGCUUGACCAAAAUCCCAAUGCUAGGGAAAGGAUGUCCGCAGAAAGGAGCUUCACAACGGAUGCAACACAGGUCUUCCCAGAAAAAAACAAUUCUUCCAGAUGGGGGAAACCCUCUCUUCUUGGCAAGUUUGACGCUUCAUGCAACUGCAGUCGGAGUGGAGGCUGGGGAUGGAGUAAAUUUAUCUCCCAUGCACAGUUAAGGAGAAAGAAUUACAUGAAAAAUGGCAACAUUAUUAUCUUUGCAGAGUUUGAAGAUUUAACACAUCUCAGGAAGACUGAACAUGUCCCUCCCCAAACUUGGCCCAUCGAUGAAAACCCUCCUUUGGGAAAGAAGAAGAGGUCAGCCCACCUGAAAGACUGGCAGCUCCAUCUAAGAGAACACUGUGAUCCAAACCCAUGUCAGAAUGGAGGCAUCUGUUUAAACAACAACGGAGAUGCAAGCUGCAGAUGUGCUACAACCAAAAUCUUCCUUUACACAGGGGCAAGAUGCCAGGUCGUCCAUGUCAACUGGAACACCCUUGGCUUGCUGCUUGGUGCAGCUGCUGGAACCGUUAUACUUGCUAUAAUAUCUGUUGCCAUUGUCGCUACAAGAUGA